AGAGGACUCGAUUAGCGGAGUGCGUUUUGGAGACGGUAGGAACAGGAGCGAACAGGAGCGGUCAUCCCCACCCAGGCUGAGCACAGUACGGCAUGGCCACAGCAAGCACCUCAGGGCAGAGCCGGAAGAAGAAGAGCCCUGGCCUCCUGGAUCAGAUCGGCACGUUCUUUGGGGGAGAGAAGAAGAAAGCGAGGAGCAAGGGGUCGUUCCGGGGUCACCUGUCCACCGCCCCCCCGCGGCCGGCUGCCUCCGCCCGUCGUCAUGGCGCUGACAACGCUGUAAUGCAGUUCUUGAGGAGCUUUGUGUCCACUCCGCAACCCAAGUCCAGGUGGAGGGAGAUCUUGGGCUUGACUGAGUCACUGCUUCUGGAUGACUAUCUUGAUGACUUUGAAAUUGCCCGACCAUUUCUGAACCGACUCCGGCCUCGUCUCCGCGACCGGAGGGCGCGAGAUCGCCGCUCAGGCGUCGUAGAGACCAAAACACGCUGUCCCGAAUCUUCAACUUGGGUGAAACCAAGGCCCGCUCCCCCCCUAAACGCUGGAGUACCAUAUUCUGAUCUCCGCAACAAAGACAGCGACACGGAGCCCACACAGUCAGCUACAGAGGCAGAGAACAGUCAUCUCCAUUCGGUCACAGCCCCAAACACUAACAAGCUAAUACUCGCCUCAUUUGUUUCUAGAAAGUGACGCAAUCUUGGCAUUCCAAGCCUGCUGGGGUCAUUCGGGGAGAACGUUCAGUUCAGCCUUGUAAUAUUUUCAAGGACCAGAUUUACAGAUUUUUGUCUCCAUGGUUCUACCGGUGUCUUUAUUUUCUGACACGCUAAAAUGAUUUAAUGUAACUGCUCAAACUUUUAUUCUGACAGUGCUUGUAUCUGCUGUCAAGGGGAUGUCCAUGACCUGUCUUGAUCUGUUUGUUGAUUGUUGUCAGAUUUGUGUUCCUUUGUGAUGCUUUUUAAUUACCUCCUCCAGGGUUUUACUUUGUAUGUCAGCAUUGGUGAAAUCUAGAGCUGAAAAUAGUUUGUGGUUUUUGUUUUUGUCAUGUAAAAAUAGUUAUGUGAAAAGCAUGUUGUCAUGAGGUUCUGGCUUGUGCAUUUGAAAAUGUAAUGUGAAACAAACACAAAAAAUAUGGAUUCUAAUGCACUGUAAUACUUUCAUAACUUUAAUAGAAUUGUUGUCUUUGUUC